AUGUCGCCGGCAACGGGCAAUGCGAACCCGAGCUAUCGGCAUGCCAGGCAUAUCUCCUCGUUGAUGAAGGAGCCUCUCAUCGACACGACGGAAGAGGACCAGCAGCCAGCUAGCCCUCCUGCUCGACCUCGCCGUGUGUCGCAAUCGCUGAGGACUCCUAGCUACAACCAUGCUAGACAUGUGUCGUCGUUGAUGAAGCCGCUACCCAUGGAGACGGAUCUUACGGCCGCUGAGAAUCCCAAGGCAGACCGCCGUCCAGCUCCGCCGGUACCUGCAGCGCCUCUCUCCAGCAUUGCUUACCAAAUCUGGCCCCCCCCGAACGUCAAUCACAGGAACAUCUCUGGACGUCUGUCAAAGCCUUUUGGGCUCUCAACAUUCCAUGAUCUAGAGACACGCUCAGCAGCCUCGAUCCAGGAAAAGCUCGCAACUAUCCACAUUGCCGAUGCAUCCAGCCCCGACGAGGGUUCAGUCCAGGAUCAGGAUCAGCAAGAGCAUGAAUGGGUUCCUCGAAUGCUUCGGCCGCGACCCAGCUACGCCCUUGCCGCUUGUUUUGCAGUUUGCGUCGUUCUGCUGCAAGUAUUCGACAUUUUGGACCGCACCCGUGGUGGAUUUGCUGUCGGGGCCGACAUGAGAUCUCAGGCAAACUACAUCCCGACACUAUUCGUGGUGCCCUUAGGCUUUUUGUGGAGUAUGCUUUUGCAAAACCUGAAAGAAGUCGGUCCAUGGUCUCUGAUGGCAAGAGGCUGGACCCGCGCCGAGGACGGAUUAUAUUUGGUCAACUACAUUGAUGCUCUAGACAUCCGAGGAUUCGCUCUCUCCGUCAGGGUGCGCCAGUUCGGCGUGAGUCUGGGCUAUAUUGGUGCUGUUCUGUGUGGUGCUUUGCUGCCUUUCGCCAACACCUUGUUCUUCACCGAUCCAAUACCACGAAUGACCACAACACCCCACGCCCUGUUCAGAACUUCACGGCUGCUUGUCAAUGAUACCUUGACUGGAAACGGAGGCUCUACGAAGAACUCGUCUGCUUUUGACCCACAAUCCUUCAUUACCUAUAUGGCUAUUCAGAGAGAGAGCUUUGGAUUCCCCAGGUGGACGAUUCAGCAACACGCCUUCGACAGCUUCAAUUUGACGGCCCCAGGAACUGAUUCGAAUCUUGACGUCUCGGGCGACGCCAAUAUCACGCUAACGGCCACGGCCAGUGCAUUCGGCAUCAACACCACCUGCGACCCGAUAUCUUGGACGUUCUACGAUGUUGUGCCCGCCUUGAACUCCUCUGUCACUCAAACUCGGCUUAUGCCCAACCUGACCGACCUCGUGAAGGCGAAGUGCAUCAUUCGUCCUGAAGAUUACCCCCAAUUUUCCCUUGACACGGGAAAUGUCACCGCAUGGUUCAACUAUACAACAUGUGGGGAGUACCAGUGCUCAAAUCCACCGACGGACUCCCUCUCUUUCAAUCCGAAUAACUGUGGACAAAAUGAAAGCGAUGAUCUGCGUUUGAUGCUGAAUGUGUGGAAUCCUGAUACCUUUGACGGCGACACGUCCGCUCUUUCAACUGGUACCGCAACCAUCUCAGGCCUGCUGUGCAAAAUUGGCUUGUUCACCGCAGAUUACGAAGUCCGCGUAGAUGCGCGAGAGGCCAGACUCCUCAAUGUUGGAAACGCUCCCACUUUCCUCGAGAAGCUAUCGAUCAAGAAUCCAGAGUCCAUCGUCCUGAAGGUCAAUCAGUUCCUGAGGCAAAGUGAUGGAGGGUUACUUGACCUCGCCGAUGACAGCGGCCAUCAUUUUCCGCUUGAGGUGUUCCUAGAUGACCCUCUAUCCGAAGCAGCAUCAUCUACUCAACCCGAGUACUUUCAAAAUGGAGAGACAGGCUAUUUCCCCGGCGCCGUACGACCCAGUUCUGAUUUGACAAGAGCAAUCGAGAUUGAUCCAAUCAUUCUCAUGAUGUCGCGGGGCAACAACCUUCGUAUAGCAAAUUAUGCUAAAGAGCCGUUGCAAAUGCAGAAAGACAUGUCGGACUUAUUACAAACGCUUGUCUCACAGAUUGUCAACACUGAGUACCGACGUGGAGACGCCGUUGCAAUAGAAGGCUUGUUGACGAUAUCGACACCCGUUAUUCGGAUGCGACAAGUCUCCUUACGGAUCCUACAAGCCAUAUUGAUAUUUCUACUCGCCAGUGCAUUGUUAACAAGCACAAAAUUUAGACCAAGAACACAUCUACGCACUGACCCUCGGACCCUCGGCGCAAUGGCCAUGCUUCUUUCAAGAAGCGGCACGAUUGAAAAGCUCUUGCAGGACGCCGGCUGUUUCUCUGAACGUGCCUUUCUGUCUCACCUGAGAGGGCAGUAUGUGAGGACAAUGACCAAAGACGGUUACACCAUCCUCGAGCUUCAGGAUAGUCAGCGGUAUUCUAAGAUGCUGCACUCCCUCCACAAGCGCAGGGAGCUAAAGCCACGCCCGUGGUACCAUACGAGCCUGACCCUCCCCUAUCUCAUGGCCCUGGGAGGUGCAAUUGCACUUGCGAUUUUGACUCUGGGCCUUUUGUGGUGGCGGAACGAGACAACUUCAGGCAUUGCACCCACAAGCGGGCAAGGAAGCCAUGCCAUCAUAUACUUUCUUCCUGUAUUCCUGAUCUUGCUGACCUAUGCUAUCCACAUAGUUGACGUGGCUGUCCAGUGCUUACAGCCAUACAUUCUACUCUCGAGCAAGCCCGUGCGCGCGAUCGCAGGCCUAAGCUUCAAUCCCAGUAAAACCUCACCUUUCACAGUCGACUACCAGUCCUUGAAACAGUCGAGGAGCACCAUUUCCGCAUUCAGCUUCCUUGCCCAUUUGAUUGUCCCUACCGUCAAACUCAUAGCAGCAGGCCUGUUCUUCACCGCGCUGCAGCCAUCUUUCAGGACAACAUCCGUCCCCUUCGAAUCUAGCCUCGUCAGCAACCUCGACACAUAUAAUCUCACCAACUUCCAGAGCUCCGACGCGCACGAAGAACUCUUGCGCGCAAGAGCCAUGACCCUGAUCCAGUCCAAUCCCAGCAGACUCAAGGAGAACUCGCCGGUGGGACUUCUUGACGGUCUCAUCUUCAGCAACGUCACGAACCGCAUGAGCAAUGAGGAUGUGGACACGAUCCUCGACUCUGGAGCCGACAUGCGUAUUCGUAUCCCCGCCAUCAAGGUAACACCCAUUUGUAGACAUUUUAGCACGGAAAAUUACACCGCCAUCACCCCCUUCGAGGACGUCGAUAUGAAUUCGACAAUCGAUAUCGUUUGCAACGAGGGGCGCGGGCUAAGGAGAUGCCCGAGCCAGAGGGUGGAUUCGAUGUUCACCGCCCUAGCUAACUCUACCAAUGACCUCGAAUACUUCUGGAACAGAGACUCCCUUGUCGGCUCCCCUGGCUCGUCCUACGCACCUCAAAGCCCCGAAUUCGACGGCCUCAACGUCUUCCAGAACGUGACCACAUUCUUACUAGCAAAGACCAAUCAACCUGACCCUACGGCACCUGGAUUCAAAAUCACAGACGUGGCGAGUUUCUGGUGCAAUAUGAACUACAGCGCCAUCGAAAUUGAUGUCACUGUGAGUCGACCCAGGCGGGCUGCUCUAGGCACGCAACAAACGCUCCCCCUGGCCAUCAAGAGCUACGACGUGAGAUCCAUCACCCACAUCCUCGACCAGGACCACGCAGCCUACAACAUCUCACACCUGAACUGGACCAGCAUCAAUCGCCUUUCCACCUUCCGCAGCGUCUACCCACUGGAGGGCAGAAACCUCCUCUACCAUACCAUAAAAAUGCGAAACCCUAAAUUCACAGACGAUGACUUCGUCAAGUCACCAAAAUUACUCUCCAAGGCUGGCGGCAAAAUUUUGAAGCAUUUCGCUGCCAUAAUGAUAGACUCUGCCCGCCCAUUCGUCGACCCAAUGAGCGCAACGCAGUCUCAAGCCGCCAUCGUCGAUGCCCAGGUCGUCACCAUGCGCUCCAAGCUCAUCCAAGACAAGAACAUCACCAUCGCCCUCCAAGUACUGCUCGGAACUCUCCUGCUCUACAGCCUCAUCACCGCCUUCACUGUAAACCGAAAAGUGACUCUCGUGAAAGCUCCCCACAGCAUCGGCUCGCAGAUAUCCCUCCUGACUGGGAGCGAGCUCGUCCGCCUGGUCCGGGACGAAGACCUUAGGAGGCGGAAUUUUGGUGAGUCUAGCAGUGAAGAUGCCCUAUGGGGUGCUUGGGAAGGCUUCCUUGUCCAUCUCGGCUGGUGGGAGCGCGCCCAGAGCCGCAGUCCGAAUCUCGCGAGAUCUGAGAUCGAGGUCGAUACUUGGAUAAGAGGCGGAGAUGUCGAUCGUGGAGAGCGCAGGUUUGGAAUCGAUGUGGGCGAGGCUGCGAGGAGACCGUGA